AAGUCGGGUCGAACAGUUCUCACAUAGCUUCUCAGUUCUCUCCUUCUUCUCCUUCUACGCCAACAACCGGGUCGACCCGGAUCCCAUUACACCAUCGUGGUUCAUGGCAUUGUUCUUUGCCUUCUUCGCUCUUUUCCUUUUCCCUUCUUCCAUUUCCACCGCAUCUCCUCCUUCUUCCGAACCCCUCCAGAUUACCUAUGGGACGGUUCUGAAGCUUAUGCAUGAAAAAACGAAAUCGCGUUUGCAUUCUCAUGAUGUGCCGUAUGGUUCUGGGAGUGGACAACAAUCUGUUACUGCUCUCCCCAGUGUCGAUGAUUCCAAUAGUUACUGGAUUGUUAGACCUCAGAUCGGAACUUCAGCUAAACAAGGUGAUACCAUUGAAAGUGGAACAAUCAUUAGAUUGCAGCACAUGACCACAAGGAAGUGGCUGCACAGCCACUUGCAUUCAUCACCAAUAACUGGCAAUCUUGAGGUGAGUUGCUUUGGAGGAGAUUCUGAAUCUGACACCGCAGACUAUUGGAGACUUCAAUUAGAAGGAAGUGGGAAGACUUGGAAACAAGAUCAGAGGAUUCGGCUUCAACAUGUGGACACCAAAGGCUAUCUACAUAGUCAUGAUAAGAAAUACACUGGGAUUCCUGGGGGGCACCAGGAGGUUUGUGGUGUUCUUGAAAAGCGUGCUGACAAUGUCUGGCUGGCAGCAGAAGGCGUCUACCUUCCAGUUACUGGAAGCAAAUAAAGUUGAUUAGGAUCAAUACUAUAUACAAACGAAUUAACAUGCAUUUUGGAAUUUUGGGUGGCUGGCACCUGUUCUGAUUAUAGAUUGAUAGAUAUAGAAGAGUGAAAGAAUACCUGAGCAUUUUUAGAAUGAUAUCAUGAUAGUAAUCUUCUGUCAUUGACUCGUAGGUUCACUUUCUUAUGCAGUAAGUGCAGUAAGUGCAGCCCCUCCCCCCAGCCAAGAAAUUAAUUGAUGUACCAUUUUGUUUUCUUUAUGCCAAAUUUGCUAAUUGAUAACUCAUCUGGGAGGACUAAGAAGGAAGAAUU